AUGACAAGCAUGUCGAACUCCAUUGCUGGAUUCUCCGACGCACUAACUGCAUUAACAGGUAAUAAAGGGAUAUAUCAUGUUAUGUCACGUGCUUAUUGGAUGUACGAAAUUUCGCGUGCUUCAUCAAUAUAUAUGGAGGGUGUUAAAAGUUUUCUUAAGGCUGCCGAAGCUAAUCGGGUGAAUAGAGGAAGCAGGAUGAUUUAUUGUCCUUGUCAAGUUUGUAAUAAUUUUAUGAGCUUUAAUGAUAUCACAGACAUAGAGUUUCAUUUGGUGAAAAAUGGUUUUAUGCCUAAAUACACUUGUUGGUCAAUGCAUGGAGAGUCACUACUUGAUCAUAGCACGUCGUCGAUCAACUCACACAUUAAUGAUAACAGAGAGAACAACGAUACAGACCUUGAUGCCGAUAAUGACCAUUCAAAUUCAAAUGAACCCGAUAACAAUUUAAAUGAAAUGUUACAUGAUAUGGAGACUAAUAUUAGUGAUGAUGAGCAAGAAAAUUUACAACACCUAUUUGAAGAAGCAGAAAAACCAUUAUAUGCCGGUUGUAAAAAAUUUAAUAAGCUUGAUGCUGUGUUGAAGUUGUUUAACGUAAAGUCGAAAAACGGAUGGAGUGAUAAAAGUUUCACAAAUCUAUUAGUGCUUUUGCAUGACAUGCUUCCGGAAGGCAAUGAGUUACCAAUUUCGACAUACCAAGCGAAAAAAUUGAUGUGUCCAAUGGGAUUGGAGGUUGAAAGAAUACAUGCUUGUCCAAAUGAUUGUAUGUUGUAUAGAAAGGAGUUUGAGGAUCUACAUGAAUGUCUUAUCUGCCAUGCAUCAAGGUAUAAACGUAAAAAAGAAUCAGAUGAAGAUGAAUAUGACAAUGAUGUGACAAAAAAUGGACCACCGGCUAAAAUGUUGUGGUAUCUCCCCAUUAUACCGAGACUCAAAAGAUUAUUUUCAAACGAAAAAGAAGCAAAAUUAUUACGUUGGCAUUCAGAUGAGCGUGUAAUUGAUGGAAAACAAAGACAUGUGGCAGAUUCCCCACAGUGGACGAACAUUGAUGACAUGUAUCCAGAAUUUGGAAAAGAGAUUAGAAAUAUACGGUUUGGGCUUAGUUCAGACGGGAUCAAUCCUUUUGGGAACAGGAGCAGUUGCCAUAGUACGUGGCCGGUUCUUUUAUGCAUCUACAACCUUCCACCGUGGUUAUGCAUGAAACGAAAGUACAUUAUGAUGUCAUUGUUAAUUCAGGGUCCAACACAACCCGGCAAUGAUAUUGAUGUGUAUUUGUCUCCUUUGAUUGACGACUUAAAAACUUUAUGGAGUUCAGGUGUCGAUGUGUAUGAUGCUUAUAUGAAAGAACGUUUUCAGUUGCGGGCCAUGAUUUUUUGCACUAUAAGUGAUUUUCCAGCAUACGGUAAUUUGUCAGGAUACAGUACAAAGGGUAAGAAAGCUUGCCCUGUUUGUGAAGAGGAGACAAGUUCAAUAUGGUUAAAAAAUUGCAAAAAGACGGUAUACAUGGGACAUCGAAGAUUCCUUCCGGCUGGUCACAUUUUUCGGAAAAAAACGACUGAAUUUAACGGAAGCACCGAGCUCGGAUCGGUGAGGAAACGAUUUGAUGCAUUUUCACGAGUCGAAAAAUUAACUACUGUGUUGGGAAAAAGAACUCGUGUUAACAAAAGAGCCAUUGAUAAAAAAGCCGGUAAAAGAGCCAUUAUCAGAAAAGCCGGUAAAAGAGCCAUUAUCAGAAAAGCCGAUAAAAGAGCAAUUGAUACAAAAGCGAUCUGGAAAAAAAAGUCAAUUUUUUGGGAUUUACCUUACUGGAAGCAUUUAGAUGUUAGACAUUGUCUAGAUGUUAUGCAUAUUGAAAAAAAUGUAUGUGAUAGUUUGUUGGGCUUAUUGUUAGACAUUCAUGGAAAAACUAAAGAUGGGCUUAAUGUUCGUAGAGACAUGGAGAAAAUGGGAAUACGUAAGGAGCUUGCCCCCGUUGAAAGAGACAACCGUUUAUAUCUGCCACCUGCUUGUUAUACUAUGUCAAAGGCAGAAAAAGAAAAGUUUUGUAAAUGUUUACAUGAUAUCAAGGUUCCAUCAAAUUACUCGGCAAACAUUAAAAGGUUGGUGUCGAUGAAAGACCGUAAAUUGCUUGGAAUGAAGUCUCAUGAUUGUCAUGUUUUGAUGACACAUAUGAUUCCCAUCGCUAUUCGUGGACUGUUACCAGAUAACAUCCGACAUACAAUCACAAAGCUUUGUUUGUUUUUUAACAACAUCAACUCAAAGGUUAUUGAUUCAGAAACUUUGGAUGAAUGGCAAAAGGACAUUAUCGUUACCCUUUGUGAACUAGAGAUGUACUUUCCACCGUCAUUUUUUGAUAUAAUGGUUCACCUAAUAUGUCAUAUCGUACAAGAGAUUAAGGCUUGUGGUCCUGUAUUCCUACGGUACAUGUACCCUUUUGAAAGAUAUAUGGGUUUCUUAAAAGGUUAUGUAAGAAACACAAAUCGACCUGAGGGUAGUAUUGUCGAAGGAUAUACUUGUGAAGAGGUGACUGAGUUCUGCCAAGGUUAUUUGGAAGGUGCCGAAAGUGUUGGUGUCCCUAAAAGUCGUCAUUCGGGUCGACUUGAUGGUAAAGGAGUAGUUGGUAUGAAAACAUACAAGCCAAAUCAUGAUAGUUUACAACUAGCACAUUUAGUGGUCCUAAAACACAUGACGUGUCUUUCUCCAUAUGUUGAUGAACACUUGAACACAUUACGGUCUACAUACCCGGGUAAGGAACAAAUGUGGUAUGUAACGAAGCAUAACAAAGAGUUUUCGAGGUGGAUGAAAAGUAAGGUAAUGGGAGCUGAUAUUGAUAAAACGGUGAAAAGGUUAGCACAAGGCCCAAACUUUAUAGUUAAAUCUUACCAAGGGUAUGACAUUAACGGUUAUACGUUCUACACCAAAGAUCAAGAUCUAAAAAGUACAAUGCAGAAUAGUGGAGUUACAAUAAUAGCAUCAGCCACCGAAUUCGAUAGAGUAGAUCAUAAUAUAAUGAGACAAAUCGCCAACAAUUCUUAUUACGGUGUUAUACAAGAAAUUUGGGAAUUGGACUACUAUGAUUUCAUUAUUCCUGUGUUCAAAUGUAAGUGGGUGAAUAACCGUACAAGUGUUAGAGUUGAUAAAUAUGGUUUUACACUUGUUGACCUUACAAGUAAUGGCUAUGCAUCUGAGCCAUUCGUUCUUGCUAGACAUGUUACACAAGUGUUCUAUGUCAAUGACCCGAGCAAACCAACACACCACAUCGUAUUACAAGGUAAACGACGGAUUCUUGGGGUUGAUAACGUCGUUGACGAGGAAGAAUAUGACCAUUUUGAUGAUCUACCACCAUUUUCUGUCGGUAUCGAACCGGGUAACUACGAUAACAUUAAUGGCACCCCAUACUUACGAACUGACCACACCGAUGGGAUAUAUGUUGAUUAA